AUGGGUGACUGGGAUUUCCUGUCUAAACUGCUGGAUAAGGUCCAGUCCCAGUCCACCGUCAUCGGGAAUGUCUGGCUCAGUGUGCUGUUUAUCUUCAGGAUCACGAUCCUUAUAACCGGAGCAGAGAAGGUGUGGGAUGAUGAACAGUCCAAAAUGAUCUGCAACACCAUACAGCCUGGCUGCGAGAACGUCUGCUAUGACCACGCCUUCCCGAUCUCACACAUUCGAUUCUGGGUUCUCCAGAUUAUCUUCGUCUCAACGCCGACACUGAUCUACCUCGGUCAUGUCGCCCAUGUCGUCCAUAAAGAGAAAAAGCAUAAAGAGUACAAAGUUCCCAAGUACUCUGACGAAAAAGGCCACGUGAAGAUUAAAGGCAGACUGCUGGGAUACUACAUGACUGCCAUCUUUUUUAGUAUCAUUUUGGAGGUGGCGUUCAUCGUGGGGCAGUAUUAUCUAUACGGGUUCAUCAUGGAUCCGAAAAUCGUUUGCUCCAAAGCUCCCUGUCCCUUCACUGUAGAGUGUUACAUGUCUCGACCCACCGAGAAGACCAUCUUCAUCAUCUUCAUGCUUGUAGUGUCAUGCGUCUCUCUUCUGCUCAACGUCAUGGAGAUCUUCUACCUGAUAUGGUCUCGCUUAUCCAGGAGAAAGUCUAAGGCAAGAACCGUAACUACAUCAGAUUCAUGUGCAGCAUUAAAGAGUUUAAAAUACGGUAACUCCAGGUGUAGAGAGCACCUUUGUGUCCCUGCUCAUGAUGGAAUUGAUGGGAAUGAGAAGGAAAAAGGGCUUUGAAGAGUCGGAGUAGUCACAUUAAUAUAGUUAUUAGUAAGUUAGAUGUUAUUAAGGGACUAAUCAAAGAGAGGCAGCAGAAUGGAUGAAACAAAGAAAUUAAAGGAAGAUAUCUUUUUUAAAAAAUAAACCGUUAAUUUAGGAUGCACUAUGAGGAUGCAAGUUAUAAAAAGAUGAAGGGAUGAUCAUACUGGUCUGAACAGUUGUCUCUAUGUGACUGGAAAUAAUGAUGGAAAGUGUGAAGAAACAGUGAAUGUUUUAUUAUAUUGCCAGAAGUUUGUUUCAUAGAGAGAAGUUUUAAAGAAUAGAGUAAGAAAAACUGAAGAGAAAAAUAUCUAUAAAGUUAUAUCCUAAAAAAAAUCAUCGAGUGACAAGUGUUGGAAACUCCUUCUAGAAUAUUUAGG